AUGCUUGAUAAAGAAAUGCUAGGUGGUAUCCAUCUAGAAGAAGAUAUUUGGGCUAAUUGUAUAGCUAUUAUACUGGGUCUUAUUGAGGACAGCUUAAUUGACGACGAAACCAACUAUUCAAAAAAGACAAAGCAUUCACGCAAGAAAAAUGACAAGGGAAAGAUGGGAUCUUCUGCAUUACAACCUAUGCUCACUCCUCAACCAUCCUUAGAUUCAUUGAAAAGGAAACGAAGCUUCACAGAAGAUAUAAGGGAUAGGAAACUCAUGCGAAUGUCAGAAAACUUAGCUAACGAUAUGGCUCGUAGUCUUUCGGUAAUAGACUCUUCUAUGGACUAUAUGGAUUCUUCAGCUUCAGCAUCCACUCCAGUAUCAAUCUCAACAUCAACACCAGGACCGGCAACAUCUUCUAUAAAACCUCCCAUACAUUUAAAACCAACCACUUUGGGUAACUCAUAUCAACAUACGCCUUCAAGUUCAUCGCUGCUGUCUACAUAUCAGGACGCGACCACUAGCAGGGAUAAUCAUCAACUUGAUCAUGUACUUUUUACUUCAACUACUAAAGUGGCUCCAGUACCAUCAACUAUAGCAAAAUUCGAUCAAUGGAUCCAACAACAAGCGCAACUACGGGGAAUGACGGAAAAUGAUUACAGGCUAUACUUUGACAAACAACGAUACGAAUUUCAGUAUUAUAUGACUCAACUUCAAACGAUGAUACACCAUCAGACUGUAACUUUUGAACAGAUCAAGACAUGUCUACAAACUAUAUUGGGAUUGGCAGAAGAAAUGAUAGGCAAUCAAUCUGACGUUUUGAUGAAUAUGUUUCCAGAAUGGCGUUCUUGGGAAGGUCUUGUACAAAAGUUGACGACUUAUGUGAAGUGUGUUGAUGAUAUGAAUCAACUGAUAAAACAAGAAAUACUACCAGCAAGUGAUUUGAGAGAAUACAUCAAGGAUCUUCAUCAAUUGAUAGAGACGCGAACAACACUUUAUGGUGAUUUCCUUAUUCAUAAUGGAUUGGAAUGGAAAGCAAUGGGUUUGCCAGUGAAAAGGGAGCUACUAGAUACGACCAAACAUUGGUUUCUUAAUGUGUGCUCAUGUUUAUUGCUUGAUCUGGAAAAUGCAUGUUCAGAUCUUCAAGAAGUGACUAUGGAUGAAGAAGAAUGGAACCCUCAAUCCGAACAUACAGAGCAAGUAAUGGACUGUUUAUUACAAGGUUUGGAAGUGAUUGGAAGUAUUCUAUCUUUUAUUGGUACAACAGACAGAGAUAUUAAUGCACGAUGUCAUAUACUCGCAACAGUGUAUGGACAAUGGAUAUCUGAAAGUUUGGAACACUUGAAUCAAGAACAAACUGGCAGUCGGAUUAGUAUUGGCAAGAAAUCACGAAACAAUCACAAUAGUAAUACAAAGACAUCUUCAGGAAGGACUGAUUUACGAUUGAUGCAAAGAAUGGAAUCCAUGAUACGACUUCUUUCUACUUUACAAUUGAUGCAAGAUUUUGAUGACAACCGUGGUAAACAUACUCAUCAACAACCUGAUAGCGAAAAGGAAGAAAAAGAAGAAGAAGAAGAGGACGAAAUCGGUGAUGCUGGGACAAUUUUGGAAACAGUUACAGAUACGUUAGUUGAGGUUACUGUACGUGCAAUUGCUGUGAUUGAAACACAUCGAAGUCUUGGUAAAGAAAUCAAACAAGGUGUUACUAAUAUUAUGACACGACCUCUCCAAUCUGGAUUUAUCUAUAUGGAAGAAUCUUUACUGUCUUUUGCUGACAAGGUGGUAGAAUUAUCUGGCCGAGAAUGGAUAGAUGGAACUAAACUACAGCGUCUACAUCUAUACUUGGAAGAAUUGGAAUUAUCGAUAGCUGAGGACAGUUAG